AUGCGACCAUGGCUGUGGCAGCUGCGAUUGACCCCGUCGGCAGCUUUUGGACUCGGACGAGCACGAGGUAGGCCGCGGUACUUGUCGAGCCCAUCAUGCUCAUGCCUCAGAUCACCGAAGGCUCCGGCGGCGGGCGCCAGUAACGUCAGGGCCGUAUCCAGCCCACCAUGUACUGGGACAACAAUAUCACGGCCGCAACGGCGCGCCUCCAGCACCACAGCCACAACCAGUGGCCUCCUCAAAGACGGGCCCGAACUGCGCCGGGCCGCCGAGAUCGAGAAACGCAUCGAGGCCAUCCCCAUCGACCGCUACCGCAACUUCUGCAUCGUCGCCCACAUCGACCACGGCAAAAGCACCCUGAGCGACCGCCUCCUCGAGCACACGGGCACCAUCUCGCCCAGCGACGCCAACAAGCAGAUCCUCGACAAACUAGACGUUGAACGCGAGCGAGGCAUCACGGUCAAAGCGCAGACGUGCACCAUGAUUUACCACUCACCGUCGCAAAAGCAGGACUACCUGCUGCAUCUGGUCGACACACCCGGGCACGUCGACUUCCGGGCCGAGGUGACGCGGUCGUACGCGUCGUGCGGGGGUGCCCUGCUGCUCGUUGACGCGACCCAGGGCGUGCAGGCCCAGACCGUCGCCAACUUUUACCUCGCUUUUGCCCAGGGCUUGGCCCUUGUCCCGGUGGUCAACAAGAUUGAUUUGCCGACUGCGGAUGUCGAUCGGGCGCUGGGGCAGCUGGAAAGUGUGUUCGAGUUGGAUACAUCGGCGGCGGUCAAGGUUAGUGCCAAGACGGGGCAGGGUGUCGGGGAGAUCCUGCCGAGGGUUAUUGAGCGGAUUCCGCCGCCUGAGGGGGAUGUGAAGAAGCCGCUGAGGAUGCUGCUUGUGGACUCGUGGUAUGAUACCUUUCGUGGGGUGGUUUUGUUGGUUAGGGUGUUUGAUGGUGUUGUUAAGGCUGGGGAUAAGCUCGUGAGCUUUGCGACGGGGAAUGAGUACACGGUUGGAGAGGUUGGGAUACAGUACCCGAACCAGGUCCCGCAGAGGUUGUUAAGGGCCGGGCAGGUGGGGUAUAUCUUCUUCAACCCGGGGAUGAAGAGGAUUCAGGACGCCAAGAUUGGGGAUACCUUUACCACGGUAGGCUCCGAGGACGUGGUGGAGCCCUAUCCGGGGUUUGAGGAGCCCAAGCCCAUGGUGUUUGUGGCUGCGUUCCCGACCGACCAGAGCGAUCACGGCAAGCUGGCCGACAGCAUCGGCCAACUUGUGCUUAACGACCGCAGCGUGACGAUGCAGAAGGACUUUUCCGAAGCCCUCGGGGCCGGGUGGCGGCUGGGGUUUCUGGGGAGCUUGCAUUGCUCCGUGUUUCAGGAUCGCCUGAGGCAGGAGCACGGCGCCGAUAUCAUCAUCACGGAGCCCGCCGUGCCGGUCAAGAUUGUGUGGAACAAUGGCGAACCGGACACGCUCAUCACGAACCCCGCCGAUUUUCCCGACACUGAGGACAUCCGGCUGCGCAAGGCCACCAUCUACGAGCCGUUUGUCAGCGCUACGAUUACCCUGCCCGACGAGUACCUCGGACGGGUGAUUGAGAUUUGCGAGACCGCCCGCGGGGUGCAGAAGAGCCUCGAGUACUUCAGCAGUACGCAAGUGAUUCUGAAGUAUGAGCUGCCCAGCGCCAGUUUGGUGGACGACCUGUUUGGCAAGCUCAAGGGCGCGACCAAGGGAUACGCCACGCUGGACUAUGAGGAUGCCGGGUGGCGAGAGAGUCACCUGGUCAAGCUGAAUCUGCUGGUAAACAAGGAGCCUGUGGAUGCCAUUUCUCGCAUCGUUCACUCCAGCCAAGUGGAGCGGUUGGGGCGGCAGUGGGUGACCAAGUUCAAGGAACAUGUGCAGAGGCAAAUGUUUGAGGUCAUCAUCCAGGCCGCCGUGGGCAAGCGCAUUAUUGCGCGCGAGACCAUUAAGCCCUUCCGCAAGGAUGUCCUUGCCAAGUUGCAUGCUGCCGACGUCUCCCGACGGCGCAAGCUGCUCGAGAAACAAAAGGCUGGCCGCAAACGGUUGCAAGCCGUGGGCAAUGUGGUCAUUGAGCAGGAAGCGUUCCAGAAGUUCCUGGCCAAGUAG